AUGGCGGCGUCCACCACGUCUGUCUGCUCCAGCAACCUGAGCUACAGCAGCCGCGUCUGCCUUCCUGGUUCCUGUGACUCUUGCUCUGACUCAUGGCAGGUGGUCGACUCCCCAGAGAGCUGCUGUGAGCCCCCCUGCUGCGCCCCCAGCUGCUGCGCCCCAGCCCCCUGCCUGACCCUGGUCUGCACCCCAGUGAACUGUGUGUCCAGCUCCUGCUGCCAGGCGGCCUGUGAGCCCAGCCCCUGCCAAUCAGGCUGCACCAGCUCCUGCACACCUUCAUGCUGCCAGCAGUCUAGCUGCCAGCCGGCUUGCUGCACCUCCUCCCCCUGCCAGCAGGCCUGCUGCGUGCCUAUCUGCUGCAAGCCUGUGUGCUGCGUGCCCACCUGCUCUGAUCCUCUCUGCUGCCAGCAGUCUAGCUGCCCCGCUGCCCUCCCCCCUGCCAGCAGUCCCUGUGCCCCUCUCCUCCCCUCUGCCAGCCUCCCAGCCAGCUGCUGCAGCACCUCCUGCUGCAGACCCUCCUCCUCUGUGUCCCUCCUCUGCAGCCCCGUGUGCAGGUCCACCUGCUACGUGCCCGUCCCCUCCUGCUGUGCCUCUGCCUCCUCCUGCCAGCCCAGCUGCUGCCGCCCAGUGUCCUGCGUGUCCCUCCUUUGCCGCCCCGUGUGCUCCCGCCCCGCCUGCUACAGCCUCUGCUCUGGCCAGAAGUCCAGCUGCUGA